AAAAAGACGAAAUUAUGGCUGGUAAUGAAUCAUCUGGGCGAAUAUAUUAUCGUGUAUUGGAUGUCAAUCAUGCGGGAAUUUCGGAAGUUCUACCAGGUUUAUACAUCAGUGGAAUUUGCGCACUAAAAGCAUCAACAAUUCAGGAAUACGGCAUUACGUUGAUUAUCAAUGCAACUAGUGAGGUGCCCAAUUCAGCUUCAUUAGGCACAUUGCCGAGAGUUAAACUUUGGUUGGAUGACAAUCAAGAAUCAUGGGCUCUUUCAUAUCUGGAUUUUGUAUGUGAUAAGAUACUGAAAGUGAUUGCAAGAGGUGGCAAAGUUCUCAUUCAUUCGGUACAAGGAGUAUCACGUUGCGCAACAAUUUGUCUUGCUUUUCUGACCAAAUAUAAAUUUAAAACGUUACGUGAUGCAUAUAUUCAUUUGGCUUCGGUACGACCAAAAGUGGAACCAAAUAUUGGCUUUUGGCGACAGUUGAUUUCAUUUGAACAGGAUGUGAAGCAAUGUAUGAGUUCGGUAAAAAUUGUACGAGAACAAAAUAAUCCAUCCGUCUUGGUUCCGGAUGUAUAUCGAAAAUAUAUUUUACACUGCAAAAGAAAGUUACAACUUCAACAUACAAAUGCUGCAAGUAUUACGGAAGGAUUUAAACAUGGUGAAACAUCGCAACAACAACAACACCAUCAAUCUUUACUUGGCCGUAAGAAUAAAAAAUUUAUUAGUGGACAAGCAUGCGACGAUAGUGUACCAUUAUUGACGACAGUUAGUGAAAGCGGAAAAUGCAUCGAUGAUACGAUUGUUGAAGCUAGCGGAAGCACAACCGAAUUAUCCUCUCCGUUAACAUCCAAUCGAAAAUCGCGUAUGACUCGAAGGAAGUUAUCAGUGACAAAAAAAUUUCAACCAGUCCUGGAGCCUCUUAUCGAAUUUGUUUAAACAAUCGAAUUGGGUCAUGUAAUGAUGUAAACAACGCUGCAAUAAGUAUUAUUAUUGUUUAAAGCAUGAAACUCUUAUAGUAAUUAAUUUGAAAUGAAAUAUUCGUUGCUAUGUUCAUAUGAGACUUAAUUUAAUUCAUUUCAAAUUUUACUCUUAUUCUUCUUCCCUUUUGUUUAUUAUCCAGAAAAGCAUUGAUUGCAAUCAUUUUUAAUUUCAUAUGAG